UCGACGGACGGACGCUCGAGAUAAGGUGUGGCCUGUGGCGAGAGUGUAUCGCGUAAACGAAGAGAGAGAGACAGAGAAAGAGAGAGAGAGAGACAGAGAAAGAGAGAGAGAAAGUCUUUCACAUACUUGUCAAAGUUGACGCCAUCGACUCUUCUCUUCCUCGGAAUCGGGGAAACCGUCGACGGGGAUCUCGGACCUCGGAGUCGCUGUCGGAGGAGUCGAUGAGGUGAGAAGCGAGAGGAGAAGAACGGAGGGAAACUGACGGAAGCGGAGGAGCCCGUCCGUCAGCUCGAACUACGCUCUGAAGGCAGCAGCGAGAGGGAGCGAGAGGGAGCGAGAGCGCGAGCGAGAGGGAGCGAGAGCGCGAGAGGGAGCGAAAGGGAGCGAGAGCGCGAGCGAGAGGGAGCGAGAGGGAGCGAGAGCGCGCGAGCGAGCGAGCGACAAGGAUGGCAGCACUGUUGUUGGCGCGUCGCGACGACAGAGCUCGCUCGCGCGAGCGCUCGCUUGGAGGGUUAAGAUAGAGCGAGGUGGACAUGCGUCUGUUGAACGGCGAGCGUGAACCUUCCGCAGCAGCCGUGCCGUUCGUUGGACGCGUCGUUUUGAUUCAGCGAGGGAUCGAUAACCGGGACGACCUGGCGGCGACGAGGACGAGGACGACGACGACGAGGACGAGGACGAGGACGAGGACGACGGCGGCGGCGGCGAGAGUGGUGAUGGUGGUGGUAACGGCGGUGGUGGCGGCAACGGCUCCGAGAGAGGAGGAGGACGAGGAGAAGGAGAAGGAGGCGGAGUAGACUCACACACAUAUGCGGUACUGUAGUGUCGCAGGAAAUGAUGGCAACGCGUGAGAACUCGUCGGGCCGCGCCGUCGACGGGUGAACGUUGCUUCGUCCGGAUGAGGCCAUCGCCGUCCGAUUCCAAGUGCCAUCUCUUCCAGGUAUCCAGGAGAGCGUUCAUCGUAGUAGACGCGUGGACGCGGAUCUGGCCAGCCACUACGGGUCACAGGGCGCGCGCGCGCUUUUAUGUACAUAAACUCCGUCGACUGGACGUCGUGGAGGACGCGCGAAGAGGCUGACGACUCCCUGGAUCCCGAUGGGCGACGGGCGCAGCUUGGAGUCUGUUGAUGGUGCGAUCGUGGAAUCCAUGUGUGGAUACCUGGAGGCUUCUAGGGUGACGACGAGCGAGGAUCGUCGUUGGAGCGAUUAUCGUGGCAGAACGAUGACGCCCUGACAAUGUCACGUCGCCUCGUACGAUUUCUCGCGGAGGUGCAGUGUCCAGAAGUGACAGGACUUGGAUGCUCGAGGGUCUCGACAGUUUAUCCUUGCGAGAGAGACAAUUCUCAGUGAUCGAGGGAGGAAUCGUUGAGCCUGGGAGCUUGCUUUUCGCGGGACGAGACUCGACGAGCGCCGUCCACUUGGGGAAAUAGAAGAAUAUAAGAUGCCAGGUAGCGGCGGUGCGAUGGAGGAGGAUCUUCUGGAUCCAGAAUGGUUGUUCAGAGAGCUCAGGUCGCAGAACGGCCCCAACAAGCUUCUUAUUCUAGAUUGCAGAGCACAUUCUGACUUCUCCGAUGCUCAUAUUAGAGGCUCCGUACCUCUGGCCAUUCCUAGCAUCAUGCUGCGAAGAUUGGCUGCUGGUAAAGUGGACCUCCUGUCCACGAUAAGGUGCUUAGAUCUGAGAAACAGAGUGCAGGUGUUUUUGUGCGGAGAUGAAAACAGUAGAGGGACAUUUGUACUAAUCGGUGACUCUACAGAUCCUGCGGGCCAUCAGGGUGAAACAAUACAAGUUUUGAGCCGGAGACUUAAAAGCAGCGGUGGCAAUGUUGCCAUUUUAAUUGAUGGUUUUGGAGCAUUCAGAGAUAGAUAUCCAGAAUGGUGUGAGGGUAGUCAAGCUAAUAAUGAACGUGCCCCAGGUCAGGACAAUAAUGAUGGUGAAUUAAUGGGCCUUAGAUCCCUUCGGAUAUCCACUCCGCCGACUAGGUCCUAUUCGGAUUCGGAUAGUGACAGCACAUGCGAUUCAGUCGGUCCCGAGGAAGAUAAAGAUUUUCCCGUGGAAAUUUUACCUCAUUUGUAUCUCGGUAACGCGGCUAAUAGCGAGGAUCGUGAGGCUUUAGCGCGACACAGGAUACAGUAUAUACUCAAUGUGACACCGGAUUUACCAAAUGUGUUUGAAAGCGCCGGAUUAAUAAAGUACAUGCAGAUACCAAUAAGUGAUCACUGGAGUCAGAAUUUGGCUAGUUUCUUUCCGCAGGCGAUUCAGUUCAUAGAAGAAGCACGGAGCUCAGACAAGGGAGUGCUGGUUCAUUGUUUGGCCGGAGUAUCACGGUCUGUCACGAUCACCGUGGCUUAUCUCAUGCACAAGUGCAGCCUCAGCCUGAAUGACGCUUUCAACCUAGUACGUAGUAGAAAGUCCAAUGUCGCACCGAAUUUUCACUUCAUGGAACAGUUGCACAGCUUCGAGAGGGAGUUGAGGGAUCGAGGGGGAGAUCGGCAAAGUAACAAGAACAAUGAUCAGAGGUGCAUCGGGGCGUGUCGGCCUGAUGGGCCCUGCAAUUGUCCGGCGCCCAGCUUCCUGAGUCCCAUCGAUCUGGGCCUCAGUCCUGAUUCGGGCAUCGAGUUCGACAGAUGGGCAGCGAGCACUCCGGCCGAAUGAGACGGGCCUGGGGGGACCCAAUACAAAUUUUAGGUCCCUCCGUCACACGCGUCUCCUUAGAGAAAAAAUCCUGAUUGAAGGGUGGUUACGAUAACGCGCUUUAUCAUUCUGACACGUGAGAGACGAGCAUCGAAAUUCGGCCCUCUCUUUGCUUCCGGUAUAUCUCCAGAUAGAGUAGGAUGUUAGACGCACGUUCGACAAAUGCUAAGAUGUACGUAGCUCUAUUAGAGGCAUCCAAAGUUGGUUAUUACACCGGCACUUUUCUUCCUUCUAAUUUCUUGUUUCUUCCCGUCGAGCCUCUCAUUCCUACAACAUGAUUAUACGACGUUACAAAUUAACGAUAAAUUAAAUGUAAAUUAUUUAAAUUCUCACUACAAGUUGAAUUCUUUUGAAAAAAUUAACUUUUCGAAAUACGCAGCACCAUUCAAUAUUCAUCAUAUUCAGUAAUUAUACAUACUAUGACGGAUUAAGAAUUUAUGAAAUCAUUUCUAAAGAUUUCUUUUUAUUAAGCUUUAAUAUUGUUACGUGAUUAUAACUGCUUAUUGUAGUAAAUAUGCGAGUAAAUUUUCGACAAAAUUUUGAUAUAAUAUAGGAAUGAGAGGAUUAAUAUACCCUUCAAAAAAAGGAAAUAUAUUAAAGAAAAAUUAUCUCUUUGUUAGACAAUUAGCUCUUCAGCCUAUGCGUUGGGUAAUAAUGCGCUGCGAGAUAUAUCUGCAGCAGCGAAGCUUGUCUAUCUUGUUGAAAUUUUCAAUUACGAAGAUUUGGCACGUUACGUUACGCCGUCGAAUCACGAUAAUAUGAUGCGGUCGUGUUGUGACUUACGGGGAGAUUAGAUGAUAUAACACUUUUCAUGCCCAAAUAUGUAAAAAAAAAAAUAACAAAAAAAAGGAAAACUUUACAAUUCUCCUUUCUAACUUGUCGUGGCAGCAAUGGACACUGAAAGUAUUUUAUAAAUGAGAUCCCGUAAUUUCUCAUCGUGCAACAGUUGCGUCGUAAUCGUAAUUGUACAAUUCUGACAUUAUGCUUCCAAGUUUCGAGAAAUCUUUAGCGUGUAUGAUUGUAAAUGGUAUGCGAGAUGUAUCAGGAUUCAGGCACUGUGUAUUUGAAAAGAUAUGACGUAACAUGUACCAUCAUAUCGAGAGAGAAAGAGAGAGAGAAAGAAUGAAAGAACGUAUGUAUGUAAGAGAGAGAGAGAGAGAGAGAGAGAGAGAGAGAGAGAGAGAGAAAGAAAGAGAGAGAGAGAGAGAGAGAGAGAGAGUUCUAAAACAUAUAUAUACAUAUAUAUAUAUAUUUUAAUACUUCUUCCCCCGAAUCCUUCAAUUAAUGAGGCUGUGUUUAUUUUACCGCAAGCGAUAUUUCAUGCGCGAAGUAAUCUCUAAACGACGAAUUCCCACCAGGCAAUCACAAGUAUAGUCGAAGAUAAACAUCACCGCUUAGUAUAUUAAGUUCCGUGGUACAAAAUUAAGAGAGGUCCUAUAUAUAUACACAUAUAUAUAUACACACAGGAGCGAAUUUAAGCGGAAUUUUACGUGGACAGUUUUCAAGAAUGGCCUUCAAAAAUUUUGUCAUUGAAGGAUCGAGGUUGCUCACAGCAAAUUCUCAUUGAUAUUACUAAAGUGUCGAGCAUUUCCUUUCGGAAAUAAACGUUUCCGAAUUUUUAAAAGCCGGAGCAGAAAGUGAAGUUGUGCGUUUCAGACCGUUUCUUAAAUCCGCUCCCGGAAUCUUUUACUCGUCUGGUAGUUUGUAUAAAAGAUAAAGCUCGCGAGAGAGUAAUUUUCAACAUAGUUUGUCGACAUACACACUGAAGUGACUUAUCUCACCAAGGAUAAUCGCCUCAAUGCAUUUUCACCUUCGAGAUGCGCGAAAGGUAUAUGCACGUCGCCUCAGGUACAUAUGCCAGUUAAACUUAAGUUUAAGGGAGGACACACAUCUUAGAAAAAUCAGUGCAUUUCUGUAGGGCAUUCCGAAUCUCUCCUGCUCAUGAGAAAAGUCAGGCUUGUCACCGAUAUAGGAAACUAAUAUCCGAGCCAAUUCUCGGAAUGAUAGAUAUGUGUGAAGGCGUUACUUGUUUUUUAUUUUCAUCGAUUCAAGAUGCAAAGCGUUAAAAUCGGCAAGAGAAAAUGUAAAAAGUUGAAAUAGAUUACUAUCAUAUUAGUAAAAAUAUGUUUGAAAUAUUUGCCAUAA